UUCACCACCUUGCUUGCCCUCUCUCUCUCUCUCUCUCUCUCUCUCUCUCUCUCUCUCUCUCUCUGUGUUCUUCACUGAACCAAAUUCAAUUCACUCCGCAAAAUCCAAUCUUUCUCAAAGAAAAGCAAAAAUAUUAUUUUAAAUAUAUAUAUAUUUUAUUUGGGUAUCUGCUUGUUGGAAUUGUAUACCCGGAGAAUUUUGUUGGGCUGUGAAAACUUGCCCGGGGAGCUGAUGCUGGGAGGCCUGUCGACCCUCCCUGAGAACCCCACAGCCGGUGGUUCGAAGGGCGAGGAGGGUGACCGGAGCUCGGCCGGGAACCGGUGGCCGACGGAAGAAACUUUGGCCCUGCUGAAGGUAAGGUCUGAAAUGGACCUUGCUUUCAAGGAUUCUGGGGUUAAAGCUCCUCUGUGGGAGCAAGUUUCCAAGAAGUUGGCCGAGCUCGGGUAUCAUCGGAGUGCGAAGAAAUGCAAGGAGAAGUUUGAGAACAUCUAUAAGUACCACAAGAGAGCCAAAGAACAGCACAGCACAAAGAGUUACCGGUUCUUCGAGCAGCUAGAAGCUUUCGAGAGCCACCAACCGAUUCCCCUUCCAGUCUCUCUAAACCCACCCAUCGUGAGUCGAACCCCAGUUGAGAAUAUUAUGCCGACAACUGCUGGUAUCUCGAAUUCGAUAGUUUUGAGCUCUAGUGAGGAAGAAAUGGAAGGUGGGUCCAAAAAGAAGCGGAAACUGGCCAAGUACUUCGAGAGGUUGAUGAAGAAAUUAUUGGAGAAGCAAGAGAGCUUGCAGAGGCAGUUCAUAGAGGUUCUUGAGAAAUACGAACGGGACAGGGUAGCGAGAGAGGAGGCAUGGAAAGUUCAGGAACUAGCAAGGCUCGAGAGGGAACGAGAGCUUUUGGUGCAAGAACGAUCCAUAGCGGCAGCAAAAGAUGCAGCAGUCCUCGCAUUCCUUCAGAAGUUCUCUGACCAAUCGGGAGCCGCGAAACGCCACGAAAACUUGAGUCAGGUGAUCAUAGAAGCAGUGGACUGCAACAACUCUAGUGCUAAUACAAACAGCGGUGUCAUUCAUGCUAGCUCAUCCCGGUGGCCCAAAGAGGAAGUGGAAGCUCUAAUAAGUCUGAAGUCGAGCCUGGACUUGCAGUACCAUGAGAGCGGGCCAAAGGGGCCCCUGUGGGAGGAGAUAUCAUCCGGGAUGAAGAGGCUUGGGUACAACCGCAGUGGGAAGAGAUGCAAGGAGAAAUGGGAGAACAUAAACAAGUACUUCAAGAGGGUGAAGGAGAGUAAGAAGAGGAGGCCUGAAGAUGCGAAAACUUGCCCUUACUUUGAGCAGCUCAACGCCCUGUAUGGACAGAGGAGUAAUAAGAGCAGGAAGGGAGGGGAGCCUCUGAUGCAUUCGGUGGACCGGGAAGGAACAGAUAAACAAGAACACCGAGAAGGCACGAAAAGGGACGAGGAAAGUGAGAGAUCCGACCCCGAGAUAGAGCGAGAACACGACAACCUUGAUGGGUCGCAGAGUGUAGCCGCAUAAUUCAGCAGCGAUGGCCAUCUCAGGAUGAAGCGGAGGUAUCUUUUUCUAUUUCGGGAGUUUUGUCUAAUCUUUGUACAACUACGACAUGUUCUUUAUGUGUUUUGUUGUUGUCUAGAUUAUAGAUAGAGAGGAGAGACGAGAGAAUAAGUCUGCGUGGGGGGGUUGUGAAAUGUUUCUGUACCAACAAAUAUUAGCAUCAAUUAAUUUAAUGGUAAUAAUAAAUAAUAAUGCCUUAAAGGCUGCAGCUUCCGUUCCUGUGAAAA